AUCCAUUAAAUAAUACAGAGUAACUUCUGGUUUGCUGUUCCUCUGGGGCGGUGCCUUGCAACAGCUUGCUCCUGGAGAUCGGAAAAUCACCAGCGGUCUCCCUGUCUUAUGCUUAGCACGCCUUUCAUCUUACACUGCCCACAGAAAAACAGAAAAAUGGCUAUGUGCGUAAAAUAUAAGAGGCUCAUCAGCCGUCUGCUUCUUUCUUUGUAGAUUGUAUUUGCGAAGAGUUAUUAAGACUGCGGAUACUUGUUGUUUUUUUCAUAUCUGGCGAUCGCAAUAUCCCUUUCGCGUUCAAAGCAGCUAUUCAUUAAUGAUAGCCUCUUAAACAAAUCUUUAUUGCGGUGUCUCUAAGACUCACUAAAGUCUUUUAAAGACAAAUGUUACGCUUCUUUGAGCAAAGCGGGGUCCUUAAUGUCAAUAAAUUUGUCUUUUUCAAUUGCUUGUUUGUUUGCUUGCUUUUUGUUAAGUAUCCGUUACGUAUAUAUUUGCACAUUUUUUGUUUUACUUUUUUUCAAACUACGUAACAAAAGGGUAAUUUAAAAAAAAGCUGCCAAUAGAUACUUAGUAAAUAGCAAAAUAUCAGAUAAAAGAAGAGGAAAAGAAAAAUAAAUAGAUUCUACACAUUUUGCUUCUUCAUUAUCAUCUUUGUCUUGAUACGGAGCUCCGCGCGGAACCUAUCCCCUGGUAUAGAGCACGAAGAGCCUUUUUUCCGCUUAAAAGUCACUUUAUAGUCACGGCAACGUACGUCCGAUCGAACGACCCUACUCACGUACAAACUCUAGUAGAGGAGCUGCCACUGAACGUUCUUUUGAUGCAAAGGGUUCUGGGAAGGACCUUAGGUAAAUUAUUACUCACGGUUUUUUUUUUACAUAAUUUCAGUUAUCGUGACCAACACUGACAUAGUUAUGUCGGAAUCAGCUGAAAUUGCUGUGACAGUUGUAACGUCAGUGCUUAUCAUCACAAGUAUCGUAGGAAACUCUCUUGUUUGUGCCGUCAUCAAGAAGAAUCGAGACAUGAGGUAGAGAACUAUUCAGCAACGACACCACGUACUCCCUUCAACCACUUGAUGCCAAAUAAUUUUUUUACUAUACAACGUAUCUUGCAGAAUUUACCAUCAAUUUCAUUAAUGAGUCCAAUUGACAAUUUUUAACGAGACCAUCAGGCACCUUGUUUACCCCCAAAAUUUUACCUGACCAUUUUUUCCAAUUGAUAAUAAAUUCAAAUGACCGUUUUCACCGAUGCACCGAUGUCCCCCCCCCCAAAAAAAAAAAAAAAAUUUACGCAACCAUUGUUUCCAAUUUCCCCUGGGCAUUAUAGUCGUCCCGAGAGAAAUCGAAGACAGUGGUUAUGCAAUUUUUUUUUGUGGAGGGGUGUAAACAAGGUGCAUUAUGGCCUCAGUAGAAAUGGUGAAUUGAUUAUUGAGAAAAGGCACUUACUGUGGAACUCACAAAACCGUGAACACCAGAAAUAUUUAUGGAAUGUUAUUGUGUUGCAAGAAAUAAGCCAAUAAGGCGCGAGAUAACUAAACCGCAAACAGCAACGGUAAUUAAUUUGUGGUUCUGAGGUUUGCUUGCGUAUCCUGAACUUUAUUGUGAUUGGCCAAUACACAAUCAACAUUCCUGAAAUUUUUCAGGUGUUCACGGUUUUCUGAUAACGUAAUUACAUCACUGUAUUCAAGUUUUGAUAAAUCUGUAAUUUCUUUUCGCCGUUUGUCGGUAAAGAAUAAUUCUUGAAGUAUGACAUGGUAUGCCAUACAUACGUACAUACAUAUACCAUAUUUAACCUCGAAUUCAGAGUAGUUAAAUAUAAGCUAUAACUUUCGCGUUACAAGUAAAGUUCUAAAUAUCACUAAAAUUUUGAAAUUAUAAUGUCGCCUGUUACAAUACGUUGCGUUAUUUCAUCAUUUAAUUUUCACAGAAAUCCCAUAGAUUAUCUACUGGUGAACCUUGCAGUGGCGGAUAUCAUCUAUACAACAUUUAGUUUACCAGGCAUUGUGUUGAGACACACUAACAGUCACCCAGGGGAGUGACUGGCAAGGUGUUGUGCAUAGUACUGACAAAGGGAAUCAUUGCGUGGGUCGGGGCUUUUUUCUUCAGUGUUAACUCUUCUUGCCAUUGCCAUAGAACGCUACCUAAGCGUUAUACACUCCCUCGGCAGCAAAGCAAAUCUUACCAUACGCAGACUAAAGGUAAGUUGCACUUCCAAAACCUUACAGCACCUAGCUAGUGUAAUAUCACUAAUAGGCGAAUCCUUUUUACAUUUUUUGCAUCAUUAACAUAUCCUUAUCAUUAAUCUGAGCUCGAUAUACCGAAUACGUUUAGAAGAAACUUUCCAAAAAUGUAUGAGCUCUUUGUCCCCAGCAAUUUCGCAGUUAUUGAUUCCUGAUAUUUCCUCUGUUAUUGAUUGCAAAGAGCAGAAAAUUGCACAAACUGCUCCAAUAAAGUAACUCUUUUAACCUUUGAACUAAAGUUGUUAAUACGACUUAAUUCGGGAAAAAAGGUUUCAUUAAUUAACCUUUAGUGAGGGGCUAUGAAAAUUUAGGAGGCUAUGGAAGAAUUUGAAGAAUUUCAUGAUCAAAACAUCGUUUAAAGAGAUAUCUUUCUAGAUUAGCUUUAGAUUAAAACAUAUCUUUUUACAUUAAAACUUAUCAUUGGAUUAAAACAUAUCUUUUUAGAUUAGCUUUUAAGAAGUUUUAACUUGAUUUUAUUCUCAUUUUAUUUUAUUUAUGAAUUUUUAUCAGCAUUUUUUCUGUUAAUCGGUGUCAUCUUUCAUAGUCGAUAUCAUAGAUUUAUUUUAUAACUUUUAAUUAGUAUGACCGUAAAGCGCUUUCGAUCAUUUAUACAUGUAUGUUAAAAGGCGCUAUAGUAGAUUUAUAAUUUAUUAUUAUCAUUAUUACUAGUGUUAUUAUUAUAAUACUACUACAUGAGAAAUUUCUUCAAUUUGAUUGGCUAAGAGAAGUGGUACUUCAGCUUAAUUUGAAAUACCUACAUGUGAAAAUUACAAAACCUUUGCGGGUAGUAGUAUAAACAAAUAAUAGCAUGAUUUGUACGUGAUAUUUGGCAUAAAUACCACUAGUGAUAUUUCAAAACUGUCUCAAAUUUCACUCACCUAACGGCUCGUGAAAUUUCGUAUAACAAUUUUGAAAUAUCACUCGUGGUAUUUGUGCCAAAUAUCACUACAAAUCAUGCUAUUACCCAUACUAAUGAGUAGAAAUUACAGAUGUGUGAAAUUUGUAAAUAUCUCCAAGAGCUCUCUUGGCGUUUUCUCCGACGAAUGCUCCACGUUCUUAGACAUGAUGAAUGACACUGACAUUGACAAAAAGCAGCAACUUUAUAUAAUCAAGAAAAUGAUAAACAUAGUCAUUAGAGCAACAUAUUACAUCUUUUGUUGUAGAAAUAGGAAUUGGGAUAGCCCAGACUUAAUGCAAUUUUGAUUUUCUUUUCUUUUUUUUUUUUUGUUUUAAUAAUUCGAUCUCAAGCGGCAUUUGUAAAUUGCCUAUACGUAGCGAGAUUUACAAUAAUUAUUGUACAUUCAAAAACAAAAAUAAAGUUUCCACUAUUAUUAUUAUUUAAGGAUUUGCGGAUGCAUCAAAAUGUACUAAAGUAAAUCACUGUUCGGUAUCUAUGAAUAAGUAGUACAAUAGUGUAGCACUUCUCAGUGACGUCCAUUUGACAUUUCUUACCCGCAAAAAUUUCAUUUCACAGACUUGAGAAUUUGUUACAUGAGUUAGGGAUUUUUCCAUUGUGAGAGAAAUACAUUUUUAUUCUACCAGUUGUCCUAGCUCGACAAAACUCAGAAAUGACAAAACAACAUGCUCAAAACUGCCCAAAGAAGUUCGAUUUAGCUUAAUGUUGUUUCCAUUUUCCAUCACUAGAUUAUUAUUCCUAGUUUUUGGUUCUUUUCAUUGAUAUUGGAAAUCCCGCCAGCAACAAACAUGGCAUUAGACAAGAGAUUCGAUCCAAAAUUCUGCCCCAAGAUGCGGCUUCACUACAAGACAUGGAUACAACAUGGUUACGUAUUCUUGUGGUUUACGAUGGUUGUCAUUUCCAUUGCGGUGAUGAUUGGGUUAUAUUCCAGAGUCGUGUUCACUUUGUGGGCCAGGUGCAACAACGAUGAACUCACACAUCGACAGAGGGUAUUUCAUUUAACACGUUAAAAAGACGUUCACCUAGUACUGUACAAUAAUUCGACCGGUUGAAAAUUCGUGCGUUUAGGGGUUUAGUUCACAGGGAGCCUCCGUAAAGAAAUUUAGACUCCCAACCGUUCAAUAAGUUGAUCUUCAAAAUCGAGUUCAAAUUUUGAGCCGGUACGGUCAAAAGAUUGAUCAGCGUGGUGUUAACACAUUGACCACCUAAAGGCGUGGUUGCAUGAAUGCUUGGUAGUUAGUUGGAAGACGCCAUUUUGGAUUGGCUUAAGUUGUGCUCUGGGCAAGGACAGAUGGUUAAAACGCUGAAAAAGGUAAAAUUCAACCUGGUUCGUGAGGGAAAUAUUGAACGGUUCCAUGUGAACGAAAUGUCCGAUCAAAUUUUUUCAGCCAGUCGAACUUUCGUCCGGUACCGUGUGAACGUAACUUUAAAGCUUUUUUAAAUUCUGACGAGAUUUUUUUCUCAAUUGUGCUCAAUUUUCGGUCUUCCUUCUGAUUUUAUUUCUUUCUUAACAACUACACUAUAUUUACUUGGUUACUGAUAACACUCACGGUGGCUCGCCUGCAUUUUUCAGGGAAAAUAUCUCCCAAGUUUGAGCACGUCGCCGUUAUCAAAGAUAUAGGAAACGACCAUCACAGCUUAAUCAGACAAAGAACCUCGAUUUAACGGACGGCCAAGGGACUGACAAAAUUUGUUCGUUAUAACGAGGAUCUGCAUGAAACACUGGGAAAGCUUUAUGACCUCUAAUAAACGAUAGACUCAGAGGGGCAAAAGUAAGAUUUAGUCAGAUUUUAGAAUACUCCGAGCACUGCAUAAUCUUAGCGAAGGUGGCGUGGGAAGCUACUUCAAUGCAUGCAUGCUCAAAUCCCUUCCAGUGUUGUUAAAUAUGCCUGCAAGCAAAAUAAGGGUAACGUCAUUACAUUACUGUGGCAACUGCGAAGUCAACGUAACACUGUUAACAGCAAACUUUCAUCUUUACCUAAUACAGCUGUGGUGAUGACUUUUCCAAAUCUUUUUAAUGGCGACGUAGUUAAUACUUAAACUUGGACGUAUUGCCCGUGAAAGUCUAGUCGAGCCAACAUAACUUAAGUAGUUUUUUUACUGAACUGUUAAACCAAUCCCAGUAAGGGAAUGGCCGUUUGACUGACGACAAAAUGUUUUUUGCUCCAACAAACUUUAAAAUAAUCUGCAAUGUGGUUUUGUGCUUUUUUAUGCAGGGAGUGUUGAAGGUGCGAAAGCGAGUGACCUUAAUGAUUGUAACUGUCAGUGCCAUAUUUGGUAUCACUUGGCUCCCAGAUGUAAUUCUACACGUCGUCGAACAAACAACCAGCAUCAAGUUCAGUCCCGCCAUAUUUACUAUCGUUCACACCAUCAUCAUGUUUAACUCCGCUGUCAAUCCAUUUGCAUACGCGUUAAUCAACCAGCGAUUUAGAGAAAAGAUGAAACGAUUGCUGUGCUAUAGUUCAAUUUUAUCGGAACUCAGGAGCUCCACAAAUUUGCAAUCACACAGCAUCGAGUUAAUGAACAGUAACAUCACUCAGCCACGGCCAUAG